AUGAUGGGGAAAGGGCCGGAGCACCGCUCUACUGCGCUGGGAGUCUCCGGGGUCCGGAGGAGGGGACCAUGGGGGCCCCCGGGGCCUGCGCGUCUUCCCUGGGGCUUUCUCGUUCCCACCCCACCCUCCCUGGGGCAGGGGGCGCCCCUUGAGGCUGGCCCCUCUCAAGGUAGACCUUUGCUGAUGGCUCAGUUGGGAGCGGUUCUGGCUGUGGCUGCCAGUUUCUUUUGUGCCUCUCUCUUCUCGGCGGUGCACAAGAUAGAAGAGGGACAUAUUGGGGUGUAUUACAGAGGUGGUGCCCUGCUGACUUCCACCAGCGGCCCUGGCUUCCAUCUCAUGCUUCCUUUCAUCACAUCAUAUAAGUCUGUGCAGACCACACUCCAGACAGAUGAGGUGAAGAAUGUACCUUGUGGGACAAGCGGUGGUGUGAUGAUCUACUUCGACAGAAUCGAGGUGGUGAACUUCCUGGUCCCACACGCAGUGUAUGACAUAGUGAAGAACUACACAGCCGACUACGACAAGGCACUCAUCUUCAACAAGAUCCACCACGAGCUGAACCAGUUCUGCAGUGUCCACACACUUCAGGAGGUCUACAUCGAGCUCUUCGAUCAGAUUGAUGAAAAUCUCAAACUGGCUCUGCAGCAAGACCUGACCUCCAUGGCCCCCGGGCUCGUCAUCCAAGCUGUGCGGGUGACGAAGCCCAACAUCCCGGAAGCCAUCCGCAGGAACUACGAGCUGAUGGAGAGCGAGAAGACGAAACUGCUGAUCGCAGCCCAGAAGCAGAAGGUGGUGGAGAAGGAAGCCGAGACAGAGCGGAAGAAGGCCCUCAUCGAGGCAGAGAAGGUGGCGCAGGUGGCCGAAAUUACCUUUGGGCAGAAGGUGAUGGAGAAGGAGACGGAGAAGAGGAUCUCAGAGAUCGAAGAUGCUGCAUUUCUGGCCCGGGAGAAGGCCAAGGCGGACGCUGAGUGCUACACUGCCAUGAAAAUAGCCGAAGCAAAUAAGCUAAAGCUGACCCCUGAGUAUCUGCAGCUGAUGAAGUACAAGGCCAUUGCUUCCAACAGCAAGAUUUACUUUGGCAAAGACAUCCCUAACAUGUUCAUGGACUCCGCGGGCAGCAUAGGCAAGCAGUUUGAGGGACUAGCUGACAAGCUGAGCUUUGGCUUGGAAGAUGAGCCCAUGGAAGCAGACUCUGAGAACUGA